UUGUUUGAGAGUGAGCACUUCAGUGUGGUGUUCAGCCCACUUGGUACGGCAAGGCUGUGACUGAGUAUAGUACCAGAGCCUGGCCUCCUCCUAUUUGGUUCCCUCUGAGCCAACCACAUCUCCACUGGUCACUAUUUGUGGUGGACAUCUCUUUGUUCUGAACAGAAAGAAGACCCUUGGGGACCAGCUAUAGCCUUCUUAGGCUGAAGAAAUGUCAACUAUUGGGAGUUUUGAAGGUUUCCAGCCUGUGUCUCUGAUGCAAGAGGGAGAAGAACAGCUGUUGGAGACAGAGCACCUGUCCAUGGAGGAGGAGGACCCAGGCAAUGGCCAAGCCCCCGGGCAGAUUUCACGACAGUCGAGUGUGACUAAGUCAACACUUCACCCCAAUCCUUACCACAAGCCUUAUAUCGCUAGGACGUACUUCGUUACACGGCCAGGGGCCAUUGAAACUGCUGUGGAAGACUUGAAAAGCCACAUAGCUGAGACUUCUGGAGAGACCAUUCAAGGAUUCUGGCUCUUGACAGAGAUAGACCACUGGAACAAUGAGAAGGAGAAAAUUGUGCUGCUCACAGAGAAGACUCUGUUCAUCUGCAAAUAUGACUUCAUCAUGCUCAGCUGUGUACAGCUGCAGCAGAUUCUCCUGAGUGCUGUCUAUCGUGUCUGCCUGGGCAGCUUUGUCUUCCCCAGGAUGUCACUGGACAAGAGACCAGGAGAAGGCCUUAGGAUCUACUGGGGGAGCUCAGAGGAGCAGUCCUUAUUCUCACGCUGGAACCCGUGGUCCACUGAGGUUCCCUAUGCGACCUUCACUGAGCAUCCCAUGAUGUACACCAGUGAGAAGUUCCUCAGAAUUUGCAAGUUGUCUGGGUUCACCUCUAAGCUUCUUCCAGCUAUCCAGAAUGCCCAGAAGAAUUCCACUGGCUCUGGAAGAGAAAAGGAAUUGACAGUGUUAACUCAACCCAUUUUAAUUGAGACCUACACGGGGCUGAUGUCGUUCAUUGGAAACCGCAACAAACUUGGGUAUUCCCUCGCUCGUGGGAGUAUUGGUUUUUGAGACUUUUUAAAUUUUAGUAUGCACUUGCAUCAAACAGAGAUAUUCCAUAAUUGAAGCACUUGUUUUAGCCCACUAUAUUUUUGCACUGAAACAGUUAAUUGCAUUUAAAUAGUACUAUAGGACUUUGAAUAUUUAGUGUCUCAGGAGAUCUGAAAGCUUGAUUGGACUGAUAGAUACACAUUUCAGGUCUCAAAGAAGAAUAACCAGUUUUCCUUAAAUACAGAAAAUAAAUACUACUGAGCCCAUCAAAUAAUGUUUCAAACGAGUUCCUGAUUAUAAACUCUGGAAACACGCUGUGGGGUCUUACUUCUCCUGGUCUUUAAAGGCAGACAUUUUCCAGGUCUUGAUUGUUAGCUCUCUGAUCCUGAUUUAUUUGCUCAUUAGGUUCCCACUGUCUCUAAUAUGUUAGCUACCACUUUUAUGCUUAUGACUUUCAGAUACAUAUCCCCAUCCCCGACAUUAUUCCAAGAUUCAGUUUUACAUUUUUUUCUGACAAUCAUCCACAUGGUUCCAAAACCUCUCAGAUUCAGGGUUUCCAAACUCCUGGAGUCCUUUGUGACAUUUUUGUGGUCUCAUUCAUUCAUCCCUGAAACCCACCAGUUCUGAGUUGUCAAAAUUCCCGGUCAGUUAUAUCCCAUAUAGUGCUACAUCUCCAUGAGGCUUAGGAUUGUUCCCUGUUAUAGUUUAGCUCUGGAAUGUCCCCCUCAAAGCCUCAUGUGCUCAGAUUUUCGAGGCUGACUGGAUUAUGGGAGCACUAUGGCUGACUAGCUGUUAGGAAGGGAAGCCUGGUAAGAGGUGGGUCAUGGAGGACAUGCCCUAAGGGUGUACCUCCCUCUCCAGCUGCUCCCUUCUCUCUCGGCCUCCUGGCCACCAGGACAUGAACAGCUUUUUUCCCCCAUAUCUUUCUGCUAUGCCCUUUCUGCCUCGAAGCUCUAUGACCAUGGACUGAAACUGUGAGUUAAAAUAAACCUCUCUUCUUUUAAGUUGGUGGUAUCCUGUAUCAUGUUUCAGCAAUGAGAAAAUGACUAACACAAAUCCUAAUAUCCAGAUAUCAAAUCUACAACUCAUUUUUCUUUCAAAAUUUUUCAAAUUCUCCUUCUGUUCUUUGCACUCACAGCGGUAGGAUUGGAUCCAUUUUUUAAUUAUGCUCACCCGAUUAUUAUCAUAGCCUUUUAAUUGGGAUCCCUACUUCAAGGCUGUUUCAAGCCAUCAUGCAGUUGGUUGUCAGUUUCCUGAAGCUCAAUUUGAUUUUAUAACUCCUUUAUCAAAAUUUUUCAGUUGCUCAUUUCCUUUUGUAGUUCACUGUUCAAAUAUAUUUUUCAAUAGUCGACUCUUUCCUUCUAAUAAAAUCUUCUGCAGAAACCUAACUAUAUAGAACAGAAAAAAGGUAAGACCAUUGUGGGUGAAAUAGAGAUGAGAAUGUCACUGAACUUUUCCUUUGUAAGUCCAAUUUGGAACAUCCAUGGAUCUCAGGGUUUUAAGGACCAUGUUUUCAAAACACUGUCCUACUUGGCUUUUGUCCAUUGGUCUUUUUCCUUUUAUUUCUUUUUUCUGUCUCCUUGACUCAGAUCUAAUGUUAAAUAACCCAAGAGAGUAUCUCAUCUGUUCUCAUCUCUCCAGGAUUCUUUUACUUUUUAUUUUAUAUCUGACUUUAUUUCCAGGUACUUAGAAAAGAAGCUUUAAUUAUUGAUCACCAUAAAUAUUAUCAAAAGAAGCCUUUUGCUUUUCCAAAGACACAAAAUUGAGAUACCUUGGUUGAUAUUCAAAUUGAAAAUUCUAGCUUUUUUUGGUGGUGGUGGGGUUUGUAGGAAGUGUAAUUUUAGGUUUUUCUUUGAAAAGCUUACUUCCGCAAUUUUGAACAUUUGUUCUCUGACACAUUCACAAACAUCAAUUUGAUGUAAACAUUCAAAACCAAAAUUUUGAGUAAAAAUUAUUUUAUUUUUUCCUUGUUUAUUUGCAUUAAUAUUCCUUUCCUUUCCUCUUGCUCCCUUUCAAUGCAUCCUCACUCCCUGAUGCCGAAUAUUUUUAUAGUCCUCAAGGCAAGGAACUUCAAUUCAGGCUGUGAAAGGAAAUCUUGAAAUCUUUAGCUGUCCUGUCAACAGUAGUGGGAUGAAAAGUUCUGGGAUUGUUUUGGCUCUGGAUCUGAAGCAGGCAUUAUUGGCAAAUUGUUGUAAUAUUGCUGGCCAAAAUCCCCAUAUGCCUCAAGACGGUGGCAUUUGUUGGUAAACCCCUCUGAAAUGUCCAGCACAUUCUUUGGAGUUACCAUUUAAGGAUCAUGCUGACAAUUUUUUUUUUUGCACAUUUGUCUCUCUUGUAAUCUAAGCCAGAUUGUUCCCAAAUGACCUUCAAAGGACACAGUGCAGCAGGAUCCAUGGAAGGUAUCUAGGACGAAAAGAACACAACAUUGUCCAGCCUCGAGUUCCGGUCUAUAACAAUAGUAUAAGCUUUUAGUGGAGCCAAAGGUAUUUCAUAGGAAGAAGGAUGAAGUAAAAGAUGACAUGAGAACUGUCUUUACUUUUCAUAAAGAGUGUUAGAUAAGAUAUUGUAUUUAUUAAUAAGUGGGAUAUAGAAAAUAGUAUUGUGACCAGAGGGUGAGAAUAUUCAGGUACAGUAUUCAGAGAGGAGGUCAAGAUUUAACAAAAUAAAACAAACAAUAAAAAAACAAGCUUCUUUACAGAACAAAGGGUUACUUCCUGAAACCCUAAACCCCCAAUCACUGGACGUAUUCAGGAAGGAAAAGGUAAAGUGGAUACUGUGAAAGUCACUGCUGCAUUACAACAUCUGGGGAGAUUAUAUAAUGUUUCAGGCCAGUGACCUUAUGAUUCUCCAAAUAAUUGUUGCUAAAUGUUUAUGUAGUUAGACAUCUUUCCCUUUGAAAAGAGCUGAAAGAGUCACAUGAUAUCUUGAAAAAAUUACCUUAACUUUCCUAAUGUUUAACAUUCUCAUAUCUAAAAUGGAGAUGAGACCACUUCUGCCCAUUUUAUAGAAGUCUUUUGAGGGCUCAACAACACGAGGUCAAAUUCUUCUUUUACUUGUGACUGAACACCUGCUUGGGGAAUGUUAUGACUUUGUAUUAAUACACGGGGCAACAUCCCAAGUAACAUGUUCACUGGGGACCAUGAACCCACUGACUACGGUUUUCUCUCUUUUUUUUUUGGUGUCAGGGAUUGAACUCGGAUCCUUACCACUUGCAAAGCAGGCAGUGGAACCACUGAGCUAAAUCCCCAGCCUUUUUCUUUUUUUUUUUUUAACGCUUUUCUCUUUGAUACAUGGUGUUCUCAUUUGUAUCCUUUGUUCUUAGCCUUAAUAGGGAGCCACAAACUAGGGGAAUUAUAGGUACACCUGGACUUUUUCUUCAGACUAUCAUCUGAUAUGUUUCCCAAAGGGGACCUGUAAAUUUAACGGGGAAUUGGAUUAGACACAGGGAGAAUUAAGUACAAAGCAUAUCACCACCAGAGUGUCUUGGUUGGUGGUCUUCUUUAUCUGAAAUUUAUCUCUCAGGAAUUCUCUCAAACUUUCUAAUAAGCCUCAUUUCAAAAACCGCUUGAGUGUUUCCAUUGACAGAUUCCUCACAAACUUCUGAUACAUCUUGGGUAGUUUUGACGGUUAGACAAUUUUCUUUGUGUUGACUUAGAAAUACUAAUGUUCUUCUGCCAUCUUUGUCACUAAAAUAAAAAUGGAUUGGAGUGAGGUAAGCUUAGGUUGGAUUUUCAGGCUGGAACGUGGGACAUUUGGGUACAAAGACAAAGCUGAUGGAUUCUCUAACAUUUAUAAGAGGGAAAGCAUAAAAAAUCACCAAGCCAGACUUUCCAGGGGUCAAAGGGCUCCAACUUUGAGCCAUCCUUUAAGGCAGAAAAGAGAAGCUAAUUUCUGAGUUAGUUACUUUUUUCUCUUUUGCCUUGAGGCCCAUUUUCUUUGUCUCUUUGUUGAAGCAUUACUAAGGAAGCCAGCUCACAGAGUCUUGAGGCUAAGGAAGCAUAUAAACCUUCUAAUCCAAUGCUUUCCUUUCCCUGAAACUGAAGCGAAGGCCUAGAAACUAGAAAUAAAUUGCACAAAAAGAAGUUGAUAAAUUCUUGCGAUACUGAGAUUAGACUAAAUCUUCCCAUUCCUAUUUUUCAAUUACUAUUCUUUCUAGUAUGAUAUUGGAAGGGCACAUCCUUUGAAUCAGUGUAUCACAAGUGCUGGGUUAAUUCUGAAGUGAGAAAACAAUAAGUCACAGUUGUUUAGGGGGAAUUUCCAGAAAUCAUUUUUAUUUUCUCAAAGGCUGAGGUCACUCAUAGGGCUCUCUGAUUUCCUAUCUGAUCGAAAUGCCCCAACAUAGCUGCGGAAGACAGCAGAGCCAGCAGGUAUUUUGUAAGGCAGAUUUACCUGUACCUGGCAUUUGGUAGGGCAGGAGAGGGAGGGCAAAAGUAUUAAAUUUAGGCUUAAAAGCGCCUCAGAAAUUCUUUACACAUAAGAGACCAAGUUGGAGAAAAGAAGAUGACUCGUGCCAAGGGGAAGAAAGAGAGAGGCUAAUGCCUGUGGUUUUCAAAAGUUAACAACAACAAAAAAGCCCAAGUAUUUGCACAGGGAUGAAUGCUUAUUGGCUCUGGACCAACAAUUAUACAAGGGCCUGUGCCCACAUCCUGUAGCUGUGGUUUAGGGACGCUGCUCAUGAGUGACUUCUUAUGCUUAGUGGCAGGAAACUUUAGUCACUGAUGUGUAAACUUACCUUUGGUCUGCACCUCCCACAAUGUACUCUGAAGGCAGUUUGGGGCCCUGGGCUCCUGAUUCCUUUGCAGACACCAUUCUCCAGAGGUAAAGGAAGAAAUUCAUUUUGGGGAGGCCUUGGGAGCAACUGAGGUUCAUCAAUGCUUGCCUUGCUCUACCCGAUUAUGGCAACACUUUAGGACAAUUUUUUAGUCCCAAGAAGGAAUUAUGAUAGAUUCACUAAAUCCUCUCUUUAGCCUCAAAACUCAUUGCAAAAUAAUGUUAGCCAUAUUUCAUUUCAGUUGCUGUAAUCAGCGUGAAAUAUGAAGGGCAAUGUCAUGAGCUAGGUUCCUAACCUGGAUUAUGUGUCUCAUAUGCUGUUUUAGGCUCAGAAUUUUUAAAAACUUCUGAAGAAAUGUCCAAGAAUUCCCUUCUUCAGUGAAGCUUAAUGGAAUGCACAAGCCCAGUUUAAUUAACUUUUGCACUUGUAAGAUACAUAUGAGAGAUCACGAGGCUCUAUUAUGAAUGCAGAAUGUAUUGGGAUUAAAUUCGCUGAACCACCACUUUGCCUCUGGUGUCUUGUCUAUGUUUAUCCCACGCAUCUCAGAAAUUUUCUUUCCUUCCUUUCAUAUUCCUUACUGUUUAUGGAAUAAUUGAAUUUGAGGUUGAAAGGGGCCUAAAAGUUCACCUUGUUUGUCCUGCUACCUAUUGCCAGAACAAAAAUAUGUACACCAUAAACACUCCCUGAGCAUAGAACCCUUCACUUUCUAAGGAAGUUACUUCUGUUAUCAAUGGGCAGAAGGAGCGCUUUGUUCAGUUUACAUAGAAAUCACAAAUAGGCAAAGUGCAGUAGCUGUCAACAGACAUGAGCUUUGAAUGGCAGUGUCUAUCAACUCUUAGAGUUAGUGGUCCUCUGCCAUUUUCUGGCAGUUUGAGACAGCAGCUACUUGCAGCUCUGGGGAGCUCUUCCAGGGACCAAAGAUGGAGACUUCCAAUGAUUCUCUGUUGCUCUUUCUCAUUGGCUGCUGGCCACCUUCAGAGAGGGUGCUGGCUGCUUCCAUAAACCAAAAGAGGCAGAAAUAUGUCAUCUGAAAGAGGCUUUACGAGGACCUGUGCUGCAGCAUAAGGGAGCAGUACAUGGAAUGACCCACUAGAGGUACAGGGAGUUUGCUUAUAGAAAGAAAAAAUGCAGCCUCAAGCAUGUGCAGUUCGGUCAUGUGAAGGGGGCGCCUCUUGUAGACCUAACUGAAGAUGGCUACAGAGGGUCAGAGUCAUCCAGAGAGGCUGCCGCUGGAGUCAUCUGGAUGGACUUGCUAAAAGUCUGCCAAAGCAAAUGUCUUUUGGAGGCUGGAAGGUGACAGGACAUCUGACAUGGCCAUGAUGAGCCGCAAGGUGUUUGGAGCAGCCAAGGAAAAAUGAAUAAAUAAAUAGUAUCUCUUUGGGAGUGAGAGGUCUCUCCUGUCUCAUUUCCAUUAAGUAAUUGCAUCAGGUAGGUUUUUCAGCAUAUUGCACUCAAGUCUUCUGCCUUGGGAAGUUAUUGAUUUUGUCCUAGACCUUCUUUUGUUGUUACCCCAAAUAAAUCAAUUUCCCGUUUCACAUGGUCACACUCUGAAUGAAGGAAGUGAACUGGUACUCUCCAACACAUAACGAUGGUGGUUUUAUUUUUGUUUUCAUUUACUGACUCCAAAUUUUCUGUUACCACACAAAUUUUUAUGUGAUACAUUAUCCAGGGCCCCUGUCGAACUUGUCCUUUCCUUAUGGACUAUCCUAUUUGGUUAACAUUUCUAUUAAAAUACUACAUGUAACACUUGACAUUGCAGUUCAAAUAUAAGUUGACAACUGCAGAUUAGAAUGGUGUUGUUCUGUAUUAACCACUUUGUUGAUAUUAAUAAAAUCCAGGUUUUCUCUUUCAUACUAUUUAU